CUGUUCAUAUGUUUUCACCUCUGUUUGUGGCAAUCGAGAAACUUUUUCAUUUGAAUUUUUGUUUUUAUUUUCUAAUUCAUUCAUUUAAUCAAUUUGAUUUAUAAUCGAUCGAUCAAUCAAUCAAUAGAAUGAUGGAUUCAUCCACAAUCAAAACAGAUUCGAAAAUUACUCCAUCGAAAAUGAAAACCAUUAAUAAUGAAAACGAAAAACCCAUAACAGCAACAACAACAAGUACACCGAAAAAUAAUGAAUCAUCAUUGAAAUCGAUAUUACGUUUGGCUGGAACUAAAUCAUUACCAAAAUCAUCAUCAUCAUCAACAACGGCAAUAACUGACCAAACAAAUUUUAUGACGCCAACUUCUAAACGAGAAUUUAGAUAUAUCACCCCUAAAGCUGAAACAGGAAUUCCAUUUAUUCGUUCAAAGCCGGUUACUAAAUGUACUCCGUUUAAAUUUUCUCAACGAUCAUCAUCAUCAUCAACACCACGGAAAUAAUAAUCAUAUCGAUGAGAUUUGUCCAUAAACGAC